GUCCGAGCAACCACGCAACGUGAGCCUUCUAUCAGCGGAUGUACGCAUAAAUUCAACAUGGCGUCAAGGCAAGCGCUCGCACCUAAACUUUAUAAGAGGUUUCUGCAAGUUUGCGAGCAAUGGCCAGUCGACCAGAAUCGGUUAGGAAGGGAUCUCGGAGAACAUCUGAAAGGGAAUCUUGUACCUCGUAUAAAGAAUUCCCAGAUAGACCCAAAAGAGGCUGAAAAGAUGCUGGACAGUCUCUUAAAGAUUAGUUCAAACUACUACAGAAAUAAGUACCCCCGUCAAAAAGAAACAGCAUUUACUACAAACAAUGUACAGGAUUGUAAGGAGGCUGCCUCAUAUUAUCUUUCAUCAGAUUUUCAGAAGAAAUCAAAACAGCAAAGUUGGUGGGAAAGACUGAUUCGCAAGAAGCCAACUGCUAGUUAAAACAGUGAUCUAGUUGCACUGAGUCCAAGUAGUGAAUGGAGGUUGUGACUGGAUGACAAAAUCAUAGGCACGCAGCAGUUUUACUUUUGCCUGCCUCUCAACCAACUAGAUACAAAAAUGAAACCAAUAUUUAUAUUCUCAUUCAUGUUCUUUCCCUUAAAGCUGUUUACACUUUAUUAAUUCAAUAUAAAUCUAACUUCAAUAUUAAUCUAAGUUCUCCUUGUCUUCAGAUUGGUCUAUUUUAGCUUUGGUUUUAUGAAACCCAAUCAAAAAGUGCCUUUAAUGCUCUCCACAUAAAGGUUAACCACAGGGGCAGUGCUAGAGUUUAUCAAAAUCACAGAAGAACCACACUAAAUUGAACUCCUCGAGGAAACAAAAAGUGGUUGGAGUAAGCGGUCUGAAAGAUUGGGGUCAAAGGAAAUUGGAUCUUGUUCAAGUUACUGGGGAAUUUGAGUUAGCUGGGUUCUUCUGUACCUUCAAUCAGCAUUUUUUUUUCAUUCAAUUUAGGCAAUAAGAGGGAGCAGAAACUAAGUUAAUUAGACACAAUGUCCAAGAGCAGUGCUUAGCUAGACUGGAAUUCUUCUGAGAUUAAAAUAAGUUCAUUAGCAUAAAUUUUGACAUUUUGUAUCUUUUUUUGCUUUCAACCGGAGAAUACAGUCAUUUGGUAGCUUACCAAAAGGGGAGGUGGGGGAAGUAUUUUUUGUCUACUGGUCAAAACAUGGUAACAAGCACUAACCUUAUGUUUGAUAUUUAAUAACUAAUACAUUUUCUUGAGAUCUUGUUUUAAAAGGUUUGAAUUCAGGAUCGAAAUAAAGUCAUUUGAAAAUA